UCUCCUGGCGUCAGGACGGAGCGAGCGAGUGCGUGUGUGCGCAUGAGUCAGGGAGGGCGGGACCCGUCCAGCACCACGCGGUGAGAAUAACAUUGCCUUGUGAAAAAAUAAACAAGUGACUGUUGUGCUUAUAGAAGGUGAAGUGAUCAGAGGAUAUUUGAUAAGUUUGUACCGGAUAUUCAUGCAGAACUUGAUAGUGAUAAUUCAUCAACUUGACUAGUGCUUGUACUUGGUGAUUUGAAUAGUGACAGUGAAUUUGCACGGUGAACCGCCCAAUCAAUCAUACACAAAGGGAUAGUUGACAGUGACACCGACGAGGGAGAGUGUAGAGCAGCAGUGUAUGACUGCACCCAGACCGUGAUUCUACUAGCGUCACCACUGUUACUAGCCUGUGACGGGGAGUAACGCAACGUGACGAGGGGAAACCACCACGUGUAACAUGCUCCCUGCUGUUACUGCUUUUACGUAUGGAACACUAGAGACGCCAUGCUGAAGCACGCAAGCCCCCAGAGGUCCACCUCGAGCCUUGCCCAACACCUGAGCACCUCCGCCACGGUCCCGCGGCCGCCCGAGGUCAGUCGCGUGCCGGUCGUGACCGAGCCCUCCGACCGGUGCGGCGUCGCGGCCCUCAGAGACUCCUACAGCGAGAGAAGCGUAGACUGCGACAGUCUGAUCGUGCCGUCAUCGUACGCCCAGGCCGAGAAGGACGUCGGCUACCAGGUGGGCACGUGGUCGGGCGUAUCGCAGGCCAACGUGCGCCGCGGCCUGUCGUUCAGCUCCCGACGGGCGCCCGACACGCUCUCCUUCCGCUCGGUUCGCAGCGAAGGCCCCCCGACUUCCCCCGAGCACACGUCGCCCUCCAAGAUGCCCACCACGAGCUCUAGCAUGAUGAACGUGUCCGUCCUCAAGGACAACGACGUGACGGACACGCCCAAGAGUGGGAUGCAGUGUCUCAAGGGCGACAUGUCCAGCCUCAAGAACCUCCUUCGUCUGCCCGGCGUUCGAGGCCAAGCCAAAAUCAUGGAAGUGGGAAAGGCAGCGACUCUCAGCCCGGACAGCCUCAGCCUCAAUUCUUCCGACAGCUUCUUCUCGGCCAACAACAGCGGAAGGACCUCCUCCAGAAGCUGGUCCUCCAACGCGUCCUCCAACUCCAACACCACGAACUCCUCCACGGGCUCCAACAACUCCGCCUCCGAGCCUGCAUCGACGACCAUCAAGGUGUUCGCCAAGUGCCUCCGUUCCGACAUCGAGUACAAGACGAUCUCGGUGAGUUCGAGAGCCACCUGCCGCGAGGUCGUGAGUCUCCUGCUGUCCAAGUACCGCAUGCGACACCGCGACCCGAACCUCUUCUACCUCACCAUGGAAGUCACCGUCAGGAGGUGGUCCGGCGCUCCUGUGAGGUCCCUGCUGGUGUUGGAGGAGAACGCCCGCCCCGCACAGCUCGCCCUCUGUAGGCCGCCCGGGGAUUCGAGGUUCGCCCUCCAGAUGCGUCGAGGGGGAGUCAUCAAGGUGCACGACACCGUCCUCAUGCCGGGGUCCCAGUACAAGUCCCUCCUGGUAUCGGAUCGAACCACAGCCGAGGAGGUGGUGCAGCUUCUGCUCAAUUGCUACAACAGACGGGAGAACAAGUACUUCUACGCUCUGCAUGAGGUGCGUCGCAGCCCCGAAUACAGCGACAGGAUCUUGUUGCCCGACGAGCGCCCCCUGGAAGCCAAGAGCCUGUGGCCGCGGGACCGCCAGGCCGAGUACGUCUUCGUCCUUCGGAGGAACAUGGCCCAGGCGCUCUCUCUCAGACGGCUCUCUCUGAGGACCAGUGACCCCAAGAGGCCUCCUCCCCCCUCCGAGGCUCCCGCAAGCGAGAGGCCCGCGGCAUGCACCAGCGCGCCCCCUCCUGCUGUCGUCCCGCCGGCCGACCUCAGGUCAUCCCAGCCGCCGUCCCAGGUUGCGAAGGAGACGCCGGAUGCGCCCUUCAUAAUCGAGGAUGCUGUCAUAGACUGCACGGAUGUCACUCCUAAGAUGACCACCUUCAGCAGGGUGGCUCCCUCGGCGUCUAACCGCAUCGUCUCUCCAUCCUCGUCCUCCUCCUCCUCCUCUUCUUCUUCCCCCGCCACUAACGGCGCUCCCUUCCCUUCUGCUUCGUCCAACGCCUUAUCCACGGAGGUCCUGUCGAGGAAACCGCCCAUGGCCGUGUCUAACCACGCCCCUCAUCCACCUGCAGUCCAUGCCUUCUCAUCCCCAACCACCCACACCGUCACCAUCCACGCCCCGCCGAAACAUCCUGCCCACCCCAGCCAGGCCGGAGUCUCCCAUCCCUUCCAGCCCGCACAGCCCUCUCCACCAACCACCACAUUCCCCCAACAGCCGGCCUCGGCCCCUCCGCCCUCCGCCGCCCCUUUCUCCGCCCCCACGCCUGCACCCAAGCCCGCCGACAGGGUGACGACCACGAAGGCUCCGCCGCCGCCGCUCGCCACCACCGACUCGGCCACCAACACCGACGCGAAGACCGUGUCGGACACGAGCACCCAGACGGUCGUGACCAGGAGGUUCCACCGGUCCUCGUCGGUGUCCAGGGAGCCGCAGAAGCCGCCGAUGCACAGGUACAACAGCGAGCCGCAGCUCUACGCCUCCGAAAAGGAGGCCGAAGAGGAGCCGACCAGCAUCACGCCCGAGAAGCCACCGCGGCUCACCGCAUCACACAGCGAAACCCCCGAGCGGACUCCAUGCAGUAGGCGGCUCUACGAGCUGCUGCAGCACACGCCCAUGCAGCGCUGCGAGACGCCCACGAACCGCUCCAACGAGUCAGUGCUGAGCGACAUUUCGUCCCCCACGUGCUUCAACCAGAGCCACAACAUCACCGUGCUGGCCAGCGCCGACGUCCACACGUGCAAGCACAACUGCGAGCACUGUUUCUACAUCUGAAGUUGAGCACACACACAUUUACGGGCACACGGGCGCGUAGUUAGGCGUGUGUGUGUGCCGGAGUGUGUGUGUGUUAGUGAAUGACUUACAGUUUCCAGAACUCCUUAACGGUUGUGAAGCCCACCGCUGCUUCAUGUCGCUACCGUGUGAUGCCAAAGGUUGAAGCUGUGAUGAAACUUAAAGUGACCCGAUUUCUUGAAGGUGAAGGGUGAAAGGUCAGUCAGAAAUCUGGAAAAUCCAUUACUUGCACGAGUAGUGGUCAGAUGAUGAUUUCCAGAGAGUUUAAAUUUUUAAUGCGACGCCUGAACUUGCCCGCUUAGAGUAUGGUCAUUACAUACGAGGACGUAUGUACAUGUAUGUGUAUAUAUAUGGUAUAGUUUACUCGAAUUGUUUAUAGAUUAUUUUGUACAUUAAAAUGAAUCUAUUAAACCCAUAUCUAGUGAUACCUGGAGUGAGUCUUGGUUGAUAAAGAAUAUAAGUGUAAAAACGCUGUAUAUAUGUAUAUAGGAAUCCCGUUUCUUGUAUAUAAAUCAGAAUAAAUUACAAAGCUUUAAAUAUCUAACAUAAAAAUUUUAGUCAUAGUUACGAGUCAUGACAGUCUUUGUAUAAAAUUUACCAAAUGGAGAAGCUAAAAUAAAGGGUAAAAUUUC